CAAAGUUUCAAUUGUGUAGGAAGUCUAUGUCUAUUCUGUCUAUGAAGGGACAGAAUGCACUCAAAUUUCAUUAAAAAUAUCUUCAUUUGAGUUCCGAACAUGAACAAAAGUCUUAUGGGUUUGGAUUGGAAUAACAUUACGGUCAGUAAAUGAUGACAGAAUUUUCAUUUUUGGGUGAACUAACCCUUUAGCUCAUGGAAAUUUUUGAUUUCAUCAUUUAAUGUUGGGCAUGCAGGAAUAUGGACAGUCUAGUCAUCUAUAUACAAUCACAACCUGCUGGCAAGACAGAAUAUUAUAAUUAAUUUACAUUAAAAGUCGGCAUGAAAUGAAAGUUGCAAUAAACUUUUCUUCCCUAUUGUGAUAUAUAUUUGAGUGACAUGGCUUCUCAAACCAGAAAAAAUGUAGGGCGGGAUUUGACUUUGUCCAUUGGAAACUGAUUGGAUCGAUGUGGUUUGCUAUUUCUGUGCUAUUUCUAUCUCAUGUGAGUGACAGGUUUAAUUAGAGAUUAUGAGGGCACAUGAACUUAUGUACUUAAAUUAUAAGUUAAGGAUAAAUCAUUUAUAAUAAGUACUGCAAUCUUCUAUAAAAAAAAAAAAUACUGUCAAUUUUGAUUUCAUAGUGAAAACACAAGUUACGUCACAAAAUUUUGUUCAGUGAAAUACAUUAACAUUAACAAUAAUUUUAAAUACAUUAACAUUCACUUUAAGACUGAAUGCACGGAUCCAAUAUACUGUUACACACGCGUUUUCUUUCUCAACUCUUUAUGUUCACUUAAGACAUAAAUGACUGUGUGUACGAGGAUAUUUUGAAAUUAUUUUGUGUGAAUUUGUCCAUUUGUCCAAGUGCAAGAAGAAGCAAAAGAGAACUCAAUUCAGUAUUCGUGGACUAGACGGAAAACAGUGCCAAACUGAGUUCAGAAAUCAAUAAGCGGAAUCGAAAUUCCAGAACUGGAAUUGUUUUUUGAUUCCCAACCCAUAUCUAUAUACUGUUACUGCUCAUUAGUCUAUUAUUUUUAUUUACCCGUAGUCAAUGUCUUUAAAAUUCCGUAAAUAACAGAACAUUUUUGGUUAACCCAUGAUAACAGUCUGCCCUGUCCUUAACCCAGACCUGGUGUAGAAUGCCAUCUUAGCCAUGUUUACCGACGCAAGCAUUUCUGUUAAUUACACCGGCAUGUUAUAUGCAAGGUUUGGUGUGAGGCUACAUGUUUGAUCUUCUGUGAAUAGAAUAUUGCAUGAAGGCCCUGUGGGAUAUACUCCGCAAACAACAAAAGGAUUACAGUAGAAGAAACGAGUGUUGCAUCUUGACAAGGGCUGCAGUGACCUCCAACACACUGUAACUUUUUUGCUUUGAUUAUUUUUUAUAGGGAAUCAAAGGAAGAUCAAAGGCGAUUCUACAAUGUCAGGGUUGCUGAUGUUGCCAUCUACAUCGCUUUCAAUUCAGCACUGCCCACCCUACUUAGCUUAUUCAUAAGGAGUCGCUGUCAUCGUAACGAUCGAUUGGCUGCAAUGAUAAUGAAUCACUUCCUCUGGCUGCUUCCACUGGUCUUUCCGCACCUGAGCUCUCCAGUCAUAUUGCUAGAGAGGAACGAUGGGAAUCUCUUUCACAACUGGAACCAUCUGAUGAAUGGAGAUAAAACGGUGCUGCACAGAUCCAAAAGAGACUGGAUGUGGAGGCAGUUCUUCCUGUCGGAGGAGUACACAGGAAGUAACUAUCAGUAUGUCGGCAAGCUUCGCUCAGACAAAGACAAAGGGGACGGAACUGCCAGAUACGUUCUCUCUGGGGAAGGAGCAGGCACAGUUUUUCGUAUCGAUGAGAAGUCUGGGGAUUUACAUGCUACACAGAGACUGGACAGAGAGGAAAAGGCCUCUUACACAUUGCAGGCCCAGGCUUUCAACAAGAUCACUGGCCUCCCCUUGGAGCCUGCCACUGAAUUCAUUGUCAAGAUACAUGACAUCAAUGACAAUGAGCCCAAAUUUACCAGGGCUGUCUACACUGCCAGCGUACCUGAAAUGUCAGACGUCGGUACUUUUGUAAUAGAAGUCAAUGCCACUGAUGCAGAUGAUGCCACAUAUGGAAACAGUGCUAAACUCGUGUACAGUAUCCUGCAAGGGCAGCCCUACUUCUCUGUGGAUCCUGAGACAGGAAUUGUCAGAAUAGCCCUUUCCAAUAUGGACCGGGAAGUACGGAAGGAGUAUCAGGUGGUUAUUCAAGCCAAAGACAUGGCAGGACAGAUGGGUGGUCUGUCUGGAACCACCAUGGUCAACGUUACCCUCACAGAUGUUAAUGACAGCCCACCACGUUUUGCUUACAGUUCUUACCACCUAAGCACUUAUGAAUCAGCAGAAAUCGGUUCAACUGUGGGUCGAAUAAAAGCCAAUGAUGGUGAUGAGGGAGAAAACGCUGAAAUGAAAUACAGAAUUGUAGAUGGAGACGGCAAAGAAUAUCUCGAUAUAAUUACAGAUGAGAUAUCCCAAGAGGGUGUUAUCGUUGUCAAAAAGAAAAUGGACUAUGAAAGCAAGCGCGUGUACACUGUGAAAGUGGAGGUGACUAACACACACCAGGACCCCAACUUCUUUCAUCUGGGCCCAUUCUCAGACACAGCCAUCGUCAAGGUCACAGCUAAAGAUGUGGAUGAGCCUCCGAUCUUCAGCAGGCCUCAGUAUGUCUUUGAGGUCAAUGAGGACACACCAAAAGGAACAGCAAUUGGAACCAUUACAGCCUGGGACCCCGAUGCCACAGAUUACCCAAUCCAAUAUGCAAUAGAUCACCACACAGACCCAGAGAGACUCUACCACAUCGACCCCAAGAAUGGAUCCAUCACAAUUCUUAAGUCUCUUGACAGGGAAGUGUCAAAGUGGCACAACAUCUCAGUCCUGGCCAGUGAGAUGAAUAACCCUCAUCAAAGAAGCCGUGUUCCUGUCUUGAUAAAAGUUUUGGAUGUGAAUGACAAUGCGCCAGAGUUUGCCAUGAUUUAUGAGACAUUUGUGUGUGAGAAUGUCAAAGCUGGGCAGCUUAUACAGACUAUCAGCGCCAUCGACACAGACGAUCCUCUUGUGGGUCACAAAUUUGUAUUCAGCUUGAGUUUGUUGAAUCCAAACUUCACCAUCUUUGAUAAUGAAGAUAACACAGCCAGAAUCCUGACCAGAAGAAGUGGAUUUAACAGGCGUGAAAUGAGUGUCUACUAUCUGCCAGUAGUUAUCUCCGACAGCGACUACCCCAUCCAGAGCAGCACCAGCACGUUGACCAUCCGUGUGUGCAGCUGUGACGCCACCGGGAACAUGCGUUCCUGCAGUGUCGAUGCAUUGCUGCUCUCUGCUGGCCUCAGCACUGGGGCGCUAGUGGCGAUACUUCUCUGCAUGCUUAUCCUGCUUAUGAUUGUGGUGAUGUUCUCAGCUUUAAAGAAGCAAAGGAGGAAGGAACCUCUGAUCAUCUCCAAAGAGGACGUCAGGGAUAACGUAGUCAGCUACAACGACGAAGGGGGUGGUGAGGAAGAUACACAAGCCUUUGACAUCGGCACACUGCGCCACCCGGAGGUCAUCGAAAGCAACAAGCUGCGGCGCGACAUCAUCCCCGAGAUGCUGUUUCCCUAUCACAGGCCUUCACCCAUGAAGGAGUGCGCGGAUGUCAGAGACUUCAUUAUUAGCAGACUGCAGGAAAACGACACAGACCCUUUCGCACCUCCCUAUGACUCUCUCGCCACUUAUGCUUAUGAGGGCAAUGGAUCAAUCGCUGAGUCACUGAGCUCUCUGGAGUCCUCCGUGACUGAGGGAGACCAUGAAUAUGAUUACCUCUCUAACUGGGGGCCGCAGUUUAAAAAACUCGCUGACAUGUACAUUGGAAAGGAUACGGGAGUUGCCAACUAGACUGCCAUUCAAUGACAUUGAUAUUCUCUGUAUGUCUGAUCUCACUCUGGGUUGUGAGACAUAACUUGAAAGAAGAACAACAAAAGGAUACUUCACACAUGAAGUCUUUUUUCUUUUGUUUUCUACCAACACAAGCUGAAUUUCACUUUUAUGAUGGAUUUUUUUUGUGUGGACAGUGUUGUUGUAAGGUGACUUUGUGUUAAUAAGAGAAGUGAUGGUGAUUUUGUUUUUUGUUCACUAGCAGAAAAAAAAAAACUUGACGGAGGAGCAAAAUGAAUGGAUGAUUUUGUGACUUUAAAUGACAAGACUGCCUUCAUCUUAUGACAGAUUGUAAAGGACUCUUCCCUGUUCCUCUUCAGCCCUGUCCCAAAUGUAACCCUAAGCCCUUGCGAUCUUCCUCCAAGUCACGCCUUCAUGACAUAAUGCCGCUUUGACUGUCGGGCAGACGUCUGCUGAGUGCGCAUCGAGAACGCAUAUCAUCCACAAAGUGGACGCUCUCAAACACCCUUCUGAAAUGUAAAAGGACAAACGGGACAACAUACGGACAUGCGUAUGCGGCAGCCAUUGUAAGUUCACAAGACCGCAAGUGCACAUGAAGUGUGCCAUUUGGGACAGGGCCAUGCUUUGAAGAUGGUGGUGUAUCCAGGAAUUCAUGUUGUGCUACAAUGCCAUGUUUCAUGGCAUUCAUGGAAAAAAUGAAAUGGGUAUAUAUAAGUUCUACAAAUGCAUUUCUUUUUCAUUUGAUGUUUUUUAAAUGAUUAGUCGCCCCAUUAUUGCAAUGAUUAUUAUGUUUCUAGCAUGUUAUAUGUUUGGGAACAGUUAUUUUAUUGAUUGAGUGUGUGGCUUUUCAUUUCUUAAACAACCAUGUAGGAAGACACAUCAUGGCCAUAUUCCAGGAUGACAAUGUCAAGAUUCAUCAGGCUCAAAUUGUGAAAGAAUGAUUGAGAGGGAGCAUGAAGAAUCAU